UUCAUCUGGUAUACGCUGUGAGAUCAGUGCAAUUCAGAAGGCAUUUUAGAUUCAGAUUUGCUUAAAAGAAAAGGAAAACAGAUCUGUCAAGAUUUUGCCGUAUUUGAUUAGAGUGCAAAAUUGGAUAAAUGACGAUUAACAGUGCGUGUUACAGGACAUAGUUUUACGAUGUCAGAAUAUCAUAAUGAAUAUUGAUGCUUACCAGCAGCAAGAAGACGAAUAACGUCGCGGAUGAGUUGGUGUGUAGCUCGUCUCGACGUGUUUUUUAUUGCACGCCAAAAAAGAACUCAACGACAACGAUCACACAGAAAAGUUGACCAGUUCAGUGUGUAAAGGAGAAAUCCUUCAUAACAGGCCUAAACGCAUUUGCGAAAUAACAGCUGACCUCUUUGGCUUGGAUUCAAAAUAACAGCCAGCCACCAUGAAUUUGCAAACGCUCUUUCAAGAUUUUAACCCAAGCAAAUUUCUUGUGCACUCUUGUCUCAUGAUCUUCACUGCUUUAUUUGCACUGAGACUUGAUGGAUUUAUCGAGUGGAAUUAUUGGGCUAUAUUUAGUCCAAUAUGGUUUUGGAAAAGUACUGUUAUUUUGGGAGCAUCAGUUGGAAGUUAUAUAUGGUGGAGACAUCCUCAUUCUAGGCUAGAAGGAGAUGCAUAUGUUCAUUACAAAGCAAUGCUUAUAACCUUGGCAUUGCAUUUAAUUUUGUUAAUGUUUGAACUAUUGGUUUGUGAUAAAUUAGAAUCUGAAAGACAUUUGUGGAUACUUGUUUUUAUACCUUUGAUUUUUAUCUCUAUUGUAUCAAUAGCUGUUUGUAUAUGGGCUGUCAAGCAUGAUCGAUCUUUCGAAUUAGAAUUAUUUUGUGCUGUCAAUGUAUUGCAGUUUAUUUUUCUUGCUCUCAGAUUAGAUGGGUUUGUCACAUGGAGCUGGGAAGUAGUAUUCGUUCCUCUCUGGGCACUUUUGUGUCUGUCUCUUGUAGCAGUUUUAUAUGCCAUUGUAUUUGCUGCUGUUUUAUUAAGAACACCACAAAUAAAUGCAAGGCAAAGAAGAACUUCAUUAAACUCUGCAUUAGCAUAUACGUUUCUAGUUGUUCCAAUUUUAGUAUUUCAAGUACUAUUAGCUAAUAAACUAGAUGGGGAUAUUUCUCUCAACUAUACAACUGUAGCAGCUCCAUUGCUAUUAUCUCAUGUUACACUUAUAUUUAUGUCUUUUGGAGCCAAAGGAGGAAAUAAAUGGUGGUUUGGUAUCAGGAAAGAUUUUUGUCAUUUUCUGUUGGGCCUGUGUCCUUUGCUGCAAGAAUAUGGUAAUAUUUCUUAUCAACCUAGAAGUGCUGAAGACCAACCAGCUGAGCCAAUUGUUACUGAGAAAAAUGAAAAGAAUAUCAAGAAAGUUGAUUUGUCAAAACCUGUCGAACCUAUUAUCUCAAUAGAUAUGCCUGAUUGAUUCCGCCCUUAUUUAUGAGGGUAAUUGUUCAUCUUAACGAAUUUUUUGCGUAGUAAUUAGUAAAAAUUACUUUUGGGUCUAACUAAAGCUAUUCAUAGUUAAAAAAAACUGGCUAAAGAAAGUAGCAACUAAACUUAUAAAAUUAUAAUAAUAUUGAAUUUAUAAUAUUUUUAAAGGUUUUUGUAUAAAGUAAUAUGUACAAUUAUGUAGUUGGAAAAGCUUUUCUUGAUCACACUCAAAAAAAAGCAUAAACUUCAAUGACAAAAAUUUUAUUAAAUAUUAUUUAGUGGAUUUGAAAAGUUUAUAGCAGAAUAAAAGGCCAAACAUAUUACUGUAAAACGGUAUAAAUAUUAGAAAGAAAAUGUUUGCAAAGUACAUUUGAUAAAAUACUUAAGUUCCUGAUGCAAAGUUGAGGGUUACUAAAAUAUUUUGAAUGAGAAAAUAUUUAUGUUAAUAUUUAUUUAUAAUGAAAUUAAUUUAUUUUAGUUUUUCUACGUUAUACAAUUCAAAUGACUUUAACAUCUUUAAAAUCAAAUCAAUAUUUUAUGAAUUGAUAUUAUUAGCGUUGCCACGGGACAGUUGAUUUGCUUAUGUUAUUUAAUAAUAGUAUCGCCCACGCUAUACAUUUUUUUCGAUGCUUCGUGUGCAAAGUACGACUUUACCGUAUGUUCAUACGAAGAUGUGCGCUCAAAAUCGAACUUUGCACACGUCGUAUCAAAAAAUUCCGUACGAUGCGUGUUCGAGAAAGAGAUUCUCCUCUCGUGUGCUUUCUUCCUCGCUUUGCUUGGGCGUAAACGCUACACAAGACAAAAAUUCAUUUUCUUGUAGUUGUGUCGUAAUGUAUUAUGACAGCUUCUACAACUACUUGUGUAUUUGUUUCGAAUAGUAAAUUGAUAAGCAAAUGAGCUUCUUAGAAAACUAGAAACAACUUAGAUAAUUUGGCGUUAAAUAGUGUUCUGAAACAAUAUUUAAAAGCCUAAUCAGCAGCUUCCAAUUACCGUAAAGACUUUCGUAAAUUUCACAUGUUUCAAUUUACAGUUUUUAUUGAAUCUUAUAUGACGUACAUAAAAAAAUAAUCUUGACGCGUUGUAUGCUUGGAUUCAAAUUACUAUGAUAUUACGUAUACUUUGGACCAUGAUUGUUAAUCAUGGUCUUUUUCUGCGACUGUGCCAUGAAAAUUUUGUAACAACGCGUAUGAUCUGGUAAAGCUACGAAAUAUAUAUUUUGCAAUAUUAGCCUUAAAUAUGGAAGAGUGACAACAGUACUAACCAUCUCAAUACAAGACUGAACGCUUCGCGUCAAUAUUGUAGUAUUGUAUACUAUUGCAAAAAAAAAGAUAGAGACACAAAAUAAGAGAAACUAAAUUUUAGAAAUGAGUAGACUAUAUAUAUAUAUAUCGGCUUAACUGUUGACAUUUACUGAAAUUCAUAGUCCACUUGUUUACAAAGGUGUAAAUUACGUAGCAUGAUGUUGUACAUACUUGAUUUUAAUGUAAUAGUUAAUUACUGCGAUAAUGAUUGUACAUUAUUAUACAUAUCUGCAUAGAAUAUGAUGUUUGAUAAACAACAAUAAUUAACCAGCAACAAUUUAUUUUAUAUAAACAAGUACACGAUACAUGUUCAAAGAAGCGAUGAUGUAAUCUGAUAAUAAAAUUUAUAUUUUUUCAUAUGAUAUUAAGUAUAUUACGCUGAUACUUUAUCCAAAGCAUCUCGGAGUAUCGUUUAAGAAAGGAAGUUGUCGGGUAAUUGUCAUAACUUUUUUCUUUAGAUCCUUUCGAACCAGUAUUUAUUAGUAGUAUCGCCAACAAAAUCGUACCAACGUUUCGGUAACGUUAUUUAUUAUGAUUUUAACGCCACAAAGUUAAUCGAAUAUUACA